AAACACGCACAAACACCAAAACACACACCCUUUCUCUCUCUAGAUCCUCCAAUUAUUUUAUCAAACGAGGAGAAGAGAGAGAGAGAGAGAGAGGGGAAGAGAUAUGUCUGACGCCUUAAUCAAUGGACUGGCCGGCGCCGGUGGUGGAAUCAUCGCUCAGCUUAUCACUUAUCCUCUCCAAACUCUAAUCAUAGGUAAACACGCGUCAACAAACCGAUAGAGAUCCCAAGAAAGAGAAGAAAAAGGCGGGGACUGUUGAACAGAUGUAUCAGGUUAUUCAACAAGAAGGGUGGGGUAGACUGUACGGUGGCUUGACGCCCUCGCUGGUUGGGACCGCAUGUUCGCAGGGUGUUUACUAUUAUUUCUAUCAAAUAUUCAGGAGCAAAGCUGAAGCUACUGCACUUAGACGUAAGAAGGAAGGAGCUGGAGAUGGAUCGGUUGGGAUGCUUUCAUCACUCAUGGUGGCUGCUAUGUCUGGGUGUGUGAAUGUGCUGCUGACAAAUCCUAUUUGGGUAGUAGUUACCCGUAUGCAGACCCACACAAAGAAAUCUCCAUUGAACCAGGUUCAACCUAUUGUUUCAGAACAUGCGAUUGUUGGUGGAAUUGAACCACCUCCCUAUGCAACUAGUCAUGCGGUUCAAGAAGUCUUUGAUGAAGCUGGAAUCUGGGGAUUCUGGAAAGGCGUUUUCCCGACAUUGGUUAUGGUCAGCAAUCCUUCCAUACAGUUUAUGCUGUAUGAGACCCUACUAAAGAAGUUGAAGCAGCGUCGUGCUUCGAGCCAGAGUAACAAAGGUGUAACUGCUUUAGAGGUUUUUUUGCUUGGGGCGUUGGCAAAACUUGGGGCUACGGUCGUAACUUAUCCUCUUUUAGUUGUAAAGUCGAGACUCCAAGCAAAGCAAGCGAUUGGGGUAGACAAAAAGCAUCAGUACAAAGGUACACUGGAUGCAAUUUUGAAGAUGAUACGUUACGAAGGGCUCCAUGGCUUCUACAAAGGAAUGAAUACAAAGAUAGUACAAAGCGUUCUUGCAGCAGCGGUUUUGUUCAUGGUAAAGGAAGAACUUGUGAAUGGAGCUCGAUGGCUGCUAUUGAAAGAUGCAGCUAACGCUGUUCAAUCAAAACCUUUACGAUGAUUCGAUUCCGGACGCAUCUCAAAAUAAUAGUCAGAUGUUUCUUAUAGAAAAAGAUUCAGAAGCAGAAAAUGUGGGCAUUUGAUAGAAAGAAUUAGUAAUGAUGAUUGUUACAUUUGAGUGUGUGGUGUAUUGUUUAGUGGAUAAAGCUUCAAGACAUUGUAAGGUAUUGGUGUAAUAUGUAUAAACUGGACGAUUGAUAUUGUGAGGAUAAUGUUGUAAUAGCCCCACCUUUCUUAUCCU